UAUUCCACAACAUUGAUGCCCUUGGCCCGGUGUGGCAUCUGCUCGAUACUGCUCGAGGUUCUUCUUUUCAAUCCACGAUGAAGACGCUCAGAUGAUUGGGAGGAAUGAGCCGGGAAUUUACAGUCAAAUAUUACCAAGUGAUCAAACGACGAGUGCGGGAGGUCAAGGGCGGCCUGCAUAUGCGUCUCUACUCAUGUGUUCUUUCGACUUCGCAAGAAUUGCAGAGCUCCAACACGCCGAUGAGUGGGAAGAGGUUAGUCUGCUUUUGAACAACGCAGCUUCCCCUUCUCCACAUCGCCGGCUCCACGGCUGAGUGCAUACUCAAAGCCGGGUUCCAGAAAGUUAGCCUACUGGUUUGGGCUAGAAGUCAUUGUCGCUGACGAGCAGCGCCGCCAAGCUGUACACAAUUCGAUAUACACCGGGCUCGUAUACGGCGUCAUCAGGGAAUCCUCUCAGGAGAUCUAUCGACGAGUUACCUCAGAGUUUGCUCGUGCGGAAUGUUUGUCCCUCGGCUGUACCGAGAUAGCGUUUUUGAUUCAUGAGGCACAUAGUGAUAUACCGGUUUUUGACACUACAACAAUACAUGCAACCGCCGCUGCGGACUGGGCGAUGAAGGCAGAAAAUGAGUAAGGGGAGUUUAGUACCUCGCCAGCAAUUUUGAUACAC